GCAAUUUGCUCCGUGACACUCUGAAACCAGUUUUCAUACUAACAAAGAAGUUACAAGAACAGGACAUCACAUACGGAGAUUUUUAUAUUUUGUGGAGAGAGCUGCUACUUGAGUUGAAGGACAGGAAGAACUCAUUAUCUGAAAGACUUAUUAAUGCAAUGGAACAACGGGAACGCACAUAUUUCGAGAACGACGCAUUUUUGGCUGCAAUUUUCAUGGACAGGAGGAUAAAUUACAUUGGGACUCCAUUUUUGAACGAAGAACAGCAGAACCAAGGAAUGCAACAUUUACAAAAGCUUUGGGAAGCAAUGAGCUUAGAAUCUGCUAAGCCUUGCACGUCAUCCACUACAACUGCAAAAGAUAGUUCAUUCCAAAUCACUCAAUCUGUUCAGAAGGUUAGUCGAUUGGAACAAUUUCUGCUGGAAAACAUUGCAUCUGCGGCUACCAGCGACGUAUCCACAAUGGCGGUUAAACUGAAGAAGUUUGUGGUUCAAGACCGUCUACCGAUUGAAACGGAUGUUCUUCGAUGGUGGGAACAGAACAAAUGCAACGAUCUGGAUUUAUACAACUUGGCUUGUAUAGCUCUGGCAGUACCAUGCACUCAAGUCAGCGUGGAACGAGCGUUCAGUGGAUUCGCGCAGGUGUUUACCUCAUUUCGCACCAGAUUAGGGAAAUCGAGAAUGGAGAUGAUACUUUUUAUUAAACUAAAUUCAGAUUUGUUCCGCACAUAUGAUGUUGAAAUCGCUCCUGAUAGCACCUUAUCUCAAUAAUAUACGAUACAUCAGUUCUACAAAUGCAAUUAAUAAUCGCAGUAAAUACAUUAUUAUGAAUUAUUAUAUUUGAGGCUUAUUUUGUUGAAAAUCGAUCUCGGCCUACAGUUGAAGAGUUGCAUGUUGUAUAUUUUAUCCGUUCAUGGAAAGUAUUUAGAUCUGUUCUAAAUGCACUAAUUCAGGUUCAAAUAGGUAGAGUAACUAUAGAAAUAAACGAAUAUGCUAUUCGCAUUGAUCCCCGGUUCACGGCUGCUCCAAAAUUCACGAGUGGUGUGCUUACUUUCUGGUGUAGGUCAGUUUUUUGUCGAAGUAGCAGUACUCUGGUUUUAAAAGACCUCUGGUGACCUAGAACUGCAAAUUUAAGUAGUUUGAGAGACACAUUUUAGCGAAAUUUUCACCUUUUUUGCUUUCAUCGGAGUAUCGGUUUGAAUCACAAUUUGCUAUGUGAUCGCACGCCCCAAACCCGUAACUCCGGAACCGGAGUCGGAUCGGGAUAAAAUUUAAUAGCCAUCUACGGGGACGCAACAUCUUUCAUUUGAGACCAAGUCGUUGGUUCGGUCUAGGCGUCUCCGAGAAACCGAUGUGACUGUUAUUCUGAAUUUGGAUACUUCCGCCGGGGCUUCCGAAACCGAUGAUGGUGGCCAAUAUGACCAAAGAGACUUUGAAUAGCUGCUAGUGACCUAAUACUACAAAUCUAAGCAGUUGUGGUCACAUUUUGGAAAAAUUUUCACCAUUAUACUUUCAGUGCAGAAUUUAUUAAAAUCGAUAUUUUAUGCGUGAUCGUACUCAUCACCCUGUAAUUCCGGAACCGGAAGUUAGAUCCAUUAUAAAUUCAAUGGCAGCCUAUGUGAACGUUGCACCUUUCAUUUGGGACUAAGUUUGUGAAAAUCGGUUCAGCCAUCUCUGAGUAAAGUGAGUGAGAUUGUGUUCGCGUACACACAGACGCACAUACACACGCAUACAUACACACACACAGACAUUUGCCGAACUCGACGAGUUGAAUCGAAUGGUAUAUGUCACUCUGCCCUCCGGGCCUCCGUUAAAAGGUCAAUUUGCAGAGCAAUUGCAAUACCUUUCUAUUGAGAAAGGCAAAAACAUGACGACAGUAGCGCACCUGGUAAAGAUAUCCCAACUACCCUUGAAACGUUGAAUACUGAAGAUGGACGUCUGUUCUCUGUGAUAC